AUGAAUCAAAUUGAUACGAUCCCUAUGACUGACGAAAACGUUAUUAUUAAAGCAAAGUACGUUGUUUAUGGUGAAUCAAUUGCUCGUAAACUUGUUGUUAGCAAAGAUAUUAAAUUAGAAGAGUUAGAAUAUAAGUUGCGUGAACGUUUCAAUGUAAACUAUGACAGAGGAGUUGAAAUAUAUUAUAUAGACGAUGAUAACGACCAUAUUAUUAUUACUUUUGAAGAUGAAUUGGCAUUGGCAUUGGAAUCUUCAAAGUUGCCAGUAUUUGGAUUAACCAUUAAACCAAAGAACUUUGAUAAAGUUUGUACUUACCCGCGUCUUGUAAAAGGCAAAAUUGGAGAACUUAUUGAAGUUUUAAUUGAAUCACGAUGGCUUACAACUAGCAAUGCAACAAGAGAAGACACUAUUGCUUGGGGAACUGAUAUUUUUACCGAUGAUUCAGAUAUUUUAAAAGCUGUAACUCAUUCGGAAAAAGUAGAUUUAACUGACAUACCGCCUCGACAUGAUUUAAUUGUAACCAUACGUUUCCUCCCUGGAUGUCUUAAAUAUUCCGGUUCAGCACGUCAAGGAAUAAAUACAUUGAGUUAUGGCCCUCAUGAAUCAAGUUACAUUAUUGAAGAAGUUAGAAUUAUUCCUAUUUCCAACGAAAAAUCUGAACAUCAUCGUUAUUAUGAUCAACAUUAUGAUACAGCUUCGUAUUAA